AUGCCUCACAACAGCUCCACCGGCGAUGAGCUGGGCAGCACGGACGAGGUGAAGGUAUUCAAGGACGAGGGCGACCGGGACGACGAGAAGCUGUCGGAGAACCUGCUGGAGGAGAAAUCGAGCCUUAUCGAUCUGACCGAGAGUGAGGAGAAAACGGUUAAAAAUGGGACGACACGCCACGAAAGCUCCAACUCGCUGUACGGUGGUAGCGGGGCAGGUGGCGGUGUGACCGGAAGCAAGCUACCCCACGGGGCGCCUCAUCCCGGUUUCAACAUGGGAUACAUUGUACCUCCCUACUCCUACCCAAAUGGAGCCGCCGGAGGGCUUCCGGUGUCGAUGGCGAAUAAGAUGAGCCUGCCGCCUUUCUUCUGCCACAAUGGGGAUCACCUUUCGUCACCUCCACCAGCCCACUGCGGCAUCCUGCCGUACCAGCUGGACCCGAAGACGAUGAGUCUGACGAGGCCCCCGUUGUACAGCUUCCCCACCAGCCAGUACCCCUACCCGAUGCUCAGCCCGGACAUGCUUCCGGUGGCGCCAUCCUGGCACACUCCCUCGCUGUACAGCCCGGCCACGGGUUUCCGGACACCGUAUCCUUCCUCGUUGCAGAUCUACACGUCGCUUUCGAGCGACUUCUACCGCUACUCGCCCACCCUGCUCCCGCCCAGCAUCCAUCCGUCUCAUCCGGCGUUGAACGCGGGCCAUCCGGCCAUCAUCACACCCGGACCCAAACAGGACAUCCCUGGUGGGGGAGGCUCUCAUCGGGGGGCGGAUCGGACGGGCGCCUCCAUCAAGCAGGAGUCGUCGGCGUCCGGCAACGAUCACGAGUCCUCGGGAGGGCACCACCACCAUCACCAUAGUCACCAUCAUCGAUCGUCGGGCUCCUACCAUCAUCAUCAUCAUCGAUCGAGUGGAGGAGACCAGCAUGGCAGCAGUAACAACAACAACAGCAACCACCACACGAACCACAACCAUCACAACCAUCACGGCAGCAACAACGGGAGUGGAGGUGGAGGGGGAGGGGGUGGCCACAAGCACCAAUCGUUGGCAGAACGCGAAGCGGCCCUGGAGAAGAAGCGUAGCCACGUGAAGAAACCGCUGAAUGCGUUUAUGCUAUACAUGAAGGAGAUGCGCGCGAAAGUGGUGGCCGAAUGCACGCUCAAGGAGUCGGCCGCCAUUAACCAGAUCCUCGGGCGCAAAUGGCACUCGUUGUCACGGGAAGAACAGAGCGUGUACUACGACAAGGCGCGCCAGGAGCGUCAACUCCACAUGGAGCUGUAUCCGGGCUGGACGGCACGGGACAACUACGGGUACGGUGCGAAGAAGAAGAAGAGGAAAAAGGAUCGUAGCCCGGCGGACCCGGGUGGGAACAGCAUGAAGAAGUGUCGAGCACGGUAUGGGCUCGACCAGCAGAACCAGUGGUGUAAACCAUGCCGACGUAAGAAGAAGUGCAUCCGGUACAAGGAGGCGGGUGGUAUCGAUCGAAGCGGUGAUGGAGGAAGUGAUCGAGAGGGUGGGCGGGACCGGGGUGACGGAUCGGAUGAUGCGAUUGGGAGCUGCGGUAGUAUGGAGGAUGAUAGCAGCAAAUCACCGGGCGAAGAGGACGAAGAUCGCGAAUCGAUCAAUCAAUCGCUCUCGAGCCCACGCUGCCUGAGUGUCCUUUCGAGCCUGCAGUCGCCUUCCACAAGCAUUGCGUCACCGUUGAAUCUGCUCGCAAGCCCUGCAACACCAACCAAUUUCUACCAUCACCACGAUCACCUCGGGUUGGCGUCGAUGAUCGCCUCAGCCCAGCAGCAGCACCAGCAGCAACAGCUGCAGCAGCAGCUUCAGCAACAGCAGCAACAACAGCAACACUACCUGCAUCAACAACAUCACCACCACCACCAUCAUCACCAACAGGCGGCGGCAGCAGCGGCAGUAGCCGCAGCAGCUCUCCAAAACGUCAGCGACAAGCUGAACAACAUCAGCAACGACUCGGGCAUCGGGAGUACGCAGCUCAACAACAGCUACAGCAACAACUUUAGUCCCUACAACAACCACCACACGAUGCGGACAAACUCCUCUUCAUCGUCGGCGGCGAGCAAUGGUACUGGGGGUGGAAAUUCGGGGAUUCUAAACAAUGGACCGUCCGGGCCGACCACCAACGGGACCGUGGGGAGUCUCGGGAAAAGCCCAGCUGCCCUGUUACCCCCGACAGCGUCCACCCCGACGCUAGCUCCACCAACGCCGUCGUCGUCCUCAUCGUCGUCCUCGUCGUCAUCGUCCUCGUCAUCAUCCUCGCUAUCGUCUUCCUCAUCAUCUACCCCAUCGCUGCAGAUUCCGCCACAUCUGCAGCAGCUUAAUCUGAAGACGUCCCCACCGCUGCUACCCAACACGCCACCCUCCUCGGGUGGAUCAUCCGUGUCCUCCACGACAGCGCUCGCCAUCAAGGAGGAACUGCCCGAUAGUAGCACCGGAAAUGGGCCCGUAGGGUCACCUUCCUCCGGUACACACCUACCCGCCUCGUCCUCCACCAGUCCGACGUCGGGGACGAGCGAUUUCCUGCUACACCCCGCCCAUCAUCAUCACCUCGCCUCCAUGCAUCAUGGCAGCGCCCUACAGCUAGGGCACGCGAUCGGCAAAACCAACGGUGAUCUCUCCCCCACGACGACGACGACGACGGCUGCGGCGGUGGCGGCGGCAGCGGCAGCGGGGGCCGUGGCCACGAGUGCGCUGACUACGGCCGCAGCAGCAACCAGCAGUAACGACACCGGCCCAGCAGUCACCAAUGGCGGCAACAGUCGGAGCAGCAGUAGCAGUAGUCAAAUCGCUAGUGAUAGUUUUCCAUACCUACGCUGUUGGUGA